GCGCUAUCGAUCUGUUGAUUUCUGCUUCUCAGACCCUGAAGGGCAAGCUCCACAAACUUGCCCUGGAAGGCUCAGAGACAGACAAGCCCGAUGGUGAGGAGGAGAAGACAGGUGAUGAAGUGCCGAGUCUGUUACAAAGAGUGGAGGAAGCUCUGCAUGACAUCAUUGCUUUGUGUCAGAGGAGCUCGCACGGUCUCAACCAGCAGCAGAGAGAGGCUCUGUGGUUUCCUCUCCUCGAGGCGAUGAUGUCACCACAGAAACUACUCAAAGGAGCCGACACCAAACACACUUCAGAGACAUUAAAAGAGCUCACUAUGAAAGUCUUAAACAGCAUGUCCAGUUUUAUCGCCCCACCUGCCAUCAUUCAACGCAUCCUACAGGACCCUGUGUAUGGGAAAGGAAAGCUGGCUGAGAUUCAGGGACUCAUUUUAGGGAUGCUAGAAACCUUCAACUAUGAACAGACAUUGUUGGAGACUACCACAAAUCUGUUGAACUCAGAUCUUCACUGGUCUCUGUCACACCUGCGUAAGGCGGUCAGUAGAGGGCUUCACCCCAGACAGGACCACUGCAACAUCUGCUUACAGCAGUACAAGAGACGCCAGGAGAGCGAGGAGGAGAUCAUUAUCUUUAGCUGUGGACACCUGUACCACUGCCAGUGUCUUCAGCGUAAAGAGGUGGGUGUUUUGAGCGAGAGGCAGUACUCAUGGAGCUGCUACAAAUGCACAUCCAACCAGGGCACACGGCCAGCGGACAGACCCAGCGCAGAGAGCUCUCGAUCAUGCUCUACUUCUCUGGCACAGACCAAAGUGAUGUCUGCUCAUCAUGGGAUUGUGGCAGAGGCUCAUGGUAGAAAGAUGUUGACUGAAGCCACUCUGGAUGCCCAGCAGACUCGAGCCUGGGAUCAUUUCCGCACUCUCUACAGAGGACCAUCUAGGCUUGCUGUUCUGACAGAACUCACUCAUUCUCAUGGCAGUGAGAGGGCCGGUCUGUCGAACCCUGUCCAUCCAGGAACAGGAAGUAUUUAUCACAGCGAGAAUGUCCAGCUAAAGCUUUCUCCUCCGCCACUGGUGGAGGAGUAGAUGACUCCGCCCACUGUUACAAAUCAUAAUAAAGCACUACCAUGUCUGUACAGAACUCAAGUUUGAGAUGUUGUGUUUCAAUGCUUUG